AUGAACCCGGAGGAUGAGACUGAAAUACGAAGAAUAAACAGGAAACUCUCGGAAACCGAGAGAGAUUUGGAGAAAUUGCGGACCGAAUUGGUCAAGUCGAAAGAUGCAGAAAGGCGACUGGCGCAGGUGAUCUCAUCAGAUCCCUACGUUAGAAUUGCUAGAAUCACCGAAAAGCAGAAGAGACUCGACGUUGAGACCCAAAUAUCCUUCAACAAACUUCUAGACGAACUUUCCGAAAAAGAGACUGAAAUUAUGAAUAUAACCAGUACACUCUCGAAAACCCAGAAGGAAUCAGAGAAAUUGCGGAUCAACUUAGUCAAGUCGAAAGAUUCAGAGAGGCGACUGGCACAGGAGAACACCGAACUCUACGAUAGAAUCGCUAGAAUCACUGAGACGCAGAAGAGACUCGACGUUGAGACCAAAAUACAUUUAAACAAUCUUCGAGUCGAAUUUUCCGAAAAGGAGACUGCAAUAAUUAAUCUAAACAGGAAAUUCUUGGAAACCCAGAAGGAAUCGGAGAGUUUGAGGACCGAAUUGGUCGAGUCGAACGAUGCAGACAGUCGAAUGGCGCAGAUGAACGCCGAACUCUGCGUUAGUAACGCUAGAAUUACUACGACGCGGAAGAGACUCGACGUUUAUACCCAAAUAUCCUUGACCAAACUUGGAGUCGAACUUUCCGAAAAGAAGACUGCAAUAAUGAGUAUAAGUAGGACACUCUCAGAAACCAAGAAGGAACUGUACAAUUUGCGAACCGAAUUGGUCAAGUCGAAAGAUGCAGAGAGGCGACUGGCGCAGAUGAACGCCGAACUCUGCGUUGGAAACGCUAAAAUCACUGGACUUCACGUAAAUCAGACUAAAACGAAUAGAAAGAGAACAUUAUCAGAAACUUAG